UGCGGCUUUUGAUUUACCCUGGCAAAGGAUAUUUUAAUUAUGACAUGUGCUGUGUGACGCUUAGUAGGACAUGUCUUUGACUACAUAAGCCGUGUGGCGCGCCUCGCGUAAACGUUUUUGCCGCUGCCUUUUCGCUGUCAAACAAACCACAGGCGAGGCGAGGCAUGGCCUGGCCAGGGCAGAGGUGAGCGAACGCGCGCGAUGGCGAAACAGAAACAACAGCAAGACAAAAAAAAAAGAAAGGAAAUAUGGCACAACGUGAACACUCCUUAAUUAAUUUCCAUGCGAAUGCGGCCAGGACAAGCUGGAGCCAUACGCUGUCGCUGCAAAAGGCGCCGCAGGAUGUGUCAGUCAGGGGCUGGGCCAGGACUGGGUCUGGGCUGGGUCUGUGCCCGUGCCCGUGCCCGUGCCCGUACUCGUAUCCGUGCCCGCCUGAUCCUGAUUCAGGUUGUUCUAUGCAAAGUUGGAGUUCGCGCUGUGUUUUGCCAGUCGCGCAGCAGCAGCGUUUGCAGAAGGCAGCAGUUGGCAGCCGUUUGGCCAGAAGCUGUGCAUAAACAAACACAAUUGGAUAAGCGAUGGGCAACAAAAUUGUGACAUUCACCGAACAGCAAUUGGAUGACUAUCAGGAUUGCACGUUUUUCACACGCAAGGAGAUUCUGCGGUUUGUAUUUGAUGGCCACCACGGGGCGUAUACGUAAUUCCUGUUGUGUUAAUAUAAUAAGCGGAAACUAUUUUCCGUUUAAACACGAAGCUGGCGCCAUUGUUUGGCACAAUCUUUUGUUAAGGGCACUCAGCAAAAAUACACACACACAGCUGUACACACACACACACACACUGUCGUGCACACACACACAACAAAGCCUUUCAUCAAGCGUUUGCUCUCAUCCCUUUUCGCCCGCCUUCCCUGGACGCAGCGUGCAUAAACGCUUUCGUGAGCUGCGUCCGGAUUUGGUGCCACGCCAAAUGACCGAGGGUCAGGCCUCAAGUGUCAAGGUUCCACGCGAAUGCAUUGAGAAGAUGCCCGAGUUGCGUGAGAAUCCCUUUCGGCGACGUAUCUGCGAAGCAUUCUCACGCGAUGGCCUGGGUAAUUUAUCCUUUGAGGACUUCUUGGAUGCUUUAUCCGUGUUUAGCGAGCAGGCGCCCAGAGAUAUUAAAGUUUUCUACGCAUUCAAAAUUUAUGAUUUCGAUCAAGACGGCUUCAUUGGGCACGCCGACCUGAUGUCCUGCCUGACAACAAUGACCAAAAACGAGCUAAGUCCGGAGGAGCACCAACAGAUUGCCGACAAGGUAAUCGAGGAAGCGGACGUCGAUGGCGAUGGGAAGCUAUCCAUAUUGGAGUUCGAGCAUGUCAUACUGCGCGCCCCCGACUUUCUCUCCACGUUCCACAUCCGAAUAUAAAGGCCACACACUAAAGACCACUUUUUGUAGUUUCUCUUAUAUAUAUAUUUUUUUUUUAUUAUUAUUGAAUUGCUGUUGUUGCACGCAGUUGCUGCCACAUCGCAUAAAAGUGCCAUCAGUGUGAUUAAGUCUGGCCAAUUGUCGUGACAAUGUGCAUGUCAAAUGUCACAGCUGCAGUCGUUAUAAUAUUUAUAAGCCACGUGUAUGCAUAUGCUACAAACUACCAAUAACAAGCGGAAAUAUUGUUGUAGCCAAAGCAUGGACGAGUCGCAGAUGCCCUGUAAACAGAGUACCCUUAAUAAAGUUUGAGUAAGUCGUUCUAAAAGUUGUAAAUAAAAUCAGUUUAAGGCAA